AUGGUUUUAGAAACUAUUUCAAGGAUCAUAAAAAUCCAGCUUCCAGCCUACCUCAAAAAGCUCCCCCUUCCGGAGACGAUCGGAGGAUUUGCGAGGUUAACAGGUAAAUGGUUACAAUGUUGCAAUGGUGAAAACAGGAAAGACAGAAUAGCUUAUCCCCAUGCAUGCACGCCUACAAUACUAGCCACAGUAAUUUGCCAGUUUUAAUGCGGUUUUUCCAAGUUUCUUAUAGAUUGUUUUCUGUGUGGCUGUUAAAGUGCUCAUCCACUUCAUAUUGAAUAAAGUUCCUUACUUGGCUCAGGUCAAGAUGAUUGAACAUCGUAGGGUAGAUUAACAGUGCACUACUUUGAGAAGUGUUCUUGUAUUGUUACAAUGUAUCAGACUCGGAGAGUGGAAACAUUGUAUCAAGUGUACUGUACCGUAGGUGUAGCCAAACAAGUGUUUCGUUUGUAUGUAGCACAUUUCCUCUCUUGGCUAUUGAAGGGAACUAAACCAUGUUAUUCCAUGCAUGUGAAACAUUAGGCUACAACAAAAUAGAUUAAAAUCCAGGUUGAGGCUGCUUAUACUUUGAUAUACAGGCUACAGUGAUGCGUGUUUUACAUACUCCUGUGUGCAUCAGCAACAAACUCCAAGUUCAAUUGAUGGAGUUCAUUGCUUGACAUGAACAAAGUAUAUGCUAUUAGCAGUGAUGAUUCUUUCUCUCAUUGCAGGCCAGCACAUUGAGACCAGUCAGUCAAUAAAGCAAAAAUAAAACCAACUAUAGGCCUAUUGGCGCUCUAAAUGUUUAUAAGGCAAUAAUAACACUUGAUGAGAAGCUGCUUCAAGUAAACUGUUACCAACCAGUCACAUGUAGGCUAAUAAGACUCGAUGGAUGGCUUUAUAAAAGUUCCUUAUGAAACUGCUGCUGAUAUAAUUUGGUGUCAUUAAACAGUGCAUCAUCAAACCUUUCCUUUGCCUUAGCCUCAAAACACUAAAUACACUCUCAUAUUAUUCCCAUAAAGCAGUGUAAAUCUAGGACUGCAUGCUUACUCAAUGGAGAACAGAUUCCUCUCAAACUACACCUGAACGAGGCUCACACACUAGCCUUUCUGAGUAGUUGUGAGAGGAAAAGGGUCUGACGACAGUAGCUGUCAUUGCACAACAUUGGAAAAGUUAUGCCUUGAAUUUAAGUACUAUGACAAACCCAAUGUAAAUAUUGGCUUUACAUGAGCUUUGACAACUUGAAGAAACGCUUAUGCUUGACCUUUGGGAUGAACGCUGAAUGCAUGACUAUGGAAAGUGUCAGAUUUGGGACCUAAAAAUAGCCCUAAACUAGUGGCUGGGGUUCUGAGUUGGGUCUUCAUAGCAGAUAUUCUUGAGUGUGGAGAUGACAUGCCCUUUGCUAAGGAAAGCAGCAGACCUGGGUUCAAGUACCUGGGUUGAGUGUUUUUCCUAUUCUGUCUGGAUUGCCAGAUGGGAUGGGUUUUCAGUUUUGGGACUAUUAUAUUUGUCCAUUAAGCCAGGCAAGCUCAAUCGAGCACAGAGUACAAUAUUUGAAAUGAAUUCAAAUAGGAUUUGAACCCAGGUCUGGAAAGCGGUGGUGGAAAAUUAUGGUUUCUCCCAUUGCCCUGAGGUGCUCCAUACUGAGGAUCAUUGACAUUGUAAACAUUGAUUUAAUAAGUCUUCGGUAGCAAAUCUAUAGGAGAUGCAUGAACAUGAAGCGACUGGAAUAAUUGGCAUGGCACUGGAAGCUCAAUUAUUGUUAAUUUCAUUGCCGUUCGGUGUAGCUUUGAAGUUAUAACUUGCCUGCAGUCAGUAGCAUAAGUACUGAGGUUUUUCCACCCCUAUAUUACAUUUGUCUUUUAAAUUUUUUCACUGUCGGGAAAAUAUGGGAGUCAAGUGAAAUGUCCCUGCAGGAAUCUAAAGACACUAUGGCUGCGUUUAGACAGUCAAAAGACCAAUUAGUGGAAAAAAAGAUCAGAAUUGGAUGCCUGUGUAAACGAUGCCUCCACACAGGGAAAUACAUUCUAGCAGCUUCAAAUAUGUGCGCGUCAUUAAAUUGUUUUGCUCUUUUGUCCGGAUUUGAUGGUGUUUUUACAUUUGCCUUUUGAAGUCGAGAUAAAUCGUAUAAUGAGAUUAACAUUCUCCCAUUAGGCACCCUUCUUUUUAAUCAAAAGGCUUUUAAUUUAAUUGCCAUGAGAUUCAAAACACAGCCCUCAGCUGUCAUAGUCAAUGGUAUAAUCCAUGGUCAUUGGGGUGCACAGUGAUCAGGUUUCCAGACAGUUGUAUUCUGCUAAAUGGAGACAGCCUAUAGAGCUCCACAGUGGAGGUGUCAUAAUACCCAUCAAACCUAGCGGUCAAACAAGGAAAUGGUUCCAAUCGUUUUUCCACCAUUCAUUUUUCCCAUAGGGAAUUUUAGAACACUUAAAAUAAGGGCUGUGUUUCGUGUGGGCUUACCCUGGCACAACGUUUUGAUAGCCAUGUAAACCUCUCUCGAACAAGGUGACUUUCAUCAAUAUAUUCCGCUGUAUUUACUCUGAUUCGAAAAUGCUAAUUAGCAUCAAAGUAGACAUCAUGCAAGACUACAAAUCCCUGCAAGCUUCUGCACGUCAUUUCUAGCCUACACCGUUGCUAACAGGUAUUGUGUCAAUUUAAAAAUUGCACAAGACAGUUCACAGAAUUGUCAAUUGAAAGAAAUGUAGCUAACAUUAGAUAGUUAAUCCAGGGGCAUGUAGCAUCGGACACUGAUACAGAACACCCCACCGGAAUGUUAUGGGAACCUCAGGGGUGGAACAAUUGAGGAGAUCCAACAUCACUGUGUGUGUGUGUGUCUGUGCCUGUGUGUGUUUUACCUGUGCCUGCCUGUGUGUGUGUGCCUGAUUUGUGUGUGUGUUUUCUUCCCAGUCUCUGAGUGGCUCCGGUUGCUGCCUCUCCUGGGAAUCUUGGCCCUGCUGGGCUACCUCACCAUCCGGCCCUUCCUGCCCAAGAAGAAGAAGCAGAAGGACAGCCUGAUCAACCUGAAGAUCCAGAAGGAGAACCCCAAAGUGGUCAACGAGAUCGACAUUGAGGACUUGAAGAGCACAAACGUCUGCUACUGCCGCUGCUGGCGCUCCAAAACGGUAAAUUGGACUAGAGGGAGAGUUGGAUGGUUAUUGCUAACACUACACCUUCCUAGUAAUUUCAGGGCCCAUAUUCACAAAGUCUCUCAGUAGGAGUGCUUAGGAUCAAUAUUGCCUGAUAGAUCAUAAUGAAUAAGAUUAUAUGGACAGGGGGAACCUAAUCUUAGAUCUCAUUCCUACUCUGAGACACUUGUUGAAUACAGGCCCUGAUCAGCCUGGGAUAGUGGUUGGCUUGAGAUUGGUUUUAGAUCAUGUUAGAUGCAAAGACAUAGCUAUAGCAAGUGAUCUUCUAACCUUUGUGAAAAUGUUAUGCAGAAUUGUUAGCAAUUUAUGCAGAUGUCAGCAGUUUCUUUGUCCAUUCUCACAGUCUUUUGAGGCCAAGGGGAAGCAUAUGACUGUUAAUAAACUGUCAACUAUGCGGGGGGCUCAAGUUAUCCUAUCUAUAAGCAAUGCCUCGUACUGUACGUAUCAGCUAAUAUUAAGUUGUUUCCUGUUGCAGUUCCCUGUUUGUGACAAAUCACACAUAAAGCACAACGAGUUGACUGGAGACAACGUGGGGCCUCUCAUACUCAAGAAGAAGAUACUAUAAUCCAUCUUUAACGCUGUGAGGGAGCCGACAUCUUUACUCCCUUCUUCUCUAACGGUCUUUAGUUCUUUUUAAAAAUGUGUUUUUGUCUGUAUUUUAGGGCAUGGCCUUUUGCACUCUGCCAAAUUGUCUUACUUUUGUUUUGGUAAAAAAAAUAUGAAAUGGCGCACUUUGCUUUUGGUAGUGAUAUGCUGCAGAAAUGUUGGUGGCGAGUUAACUCCUCAAAGAUUUUACCAUCAACACUUUUGUGAAUCUUAUUUAUUUCAACUUGCCAAUAAUGGGCAAUAACUGAGAUAGUUUGAAAGGCUAUACCACGGAGUAGUGUAAAACCUAUCACCACUCCCUCUUAUUGUCUCCUUCAGAAAACGUUUUGUAUAGUGGCCAUUUUCCAGUCUGGCUAUCUCUCACUUAUAGGUCUCGUUAAAAAACAAGUUAACCUAAGGCUCCUUGGUAGCGCCGCUCGGUUCCAAACUAUUGGGACCACAUUGAGGGGAAUUUGGACUUGAAUCACGAUUGCAACUAGGGUAGCAACUUGCUCUUUAGGAUAGUAGUAUAUUUUGUUAGGUUGAAAGAAAACAACUUUACUUAGCCUUUUCAGUCUCCGAACUGCUGUAAGCUUGAAGUCUUUCACUUGCAUACAAACACACUUACAGGAUUUGUUUUCUCUGCCAUUUCUCUUUGUUCAUAACCUUAUAAAACAUGCCUUAAUUCUGUGUUCAUACUAUAUUGUGUGUCCUUGUAUUGAAAACUGAAGAUCUUAAGACAUUUCAGAACAUCUUAAUUACACAAAACUGCUCCCCUCAAGAAACAAUGUUUUUCUACACCAAAAUAUUUAAGCAAUUCCUUUUUUUGCCUUUACAGUAUCAAACAUGUCAGUUGUCAGAUUGACUUUGCAUUCAGACUGAAUGUGUUGCAAGUACUUCUUAAUUAAUUCAUCAACAUGAGAUUUGGAGAAGGGAUCUGAUCCUUUGGUUACUGAUCCUUAUGUUAAAUACCAAUUACAGUACAUAGAUAUGUAUUUUCAUAAUGUUUUACUGGGAUUUAGGCCGUGGGACUUUUGUAAAAUAAAAAAAGUUCACCUGAGUUACUUUGUUUCACAAAAUGAUUUUUGUCAAAUGGCAAGAAGAAAGAAACAGACAGGCCUUGAAGUUUUGGGAACUGAUUGGACAACUGAUUUACAAUCAUUUGACACAUUAUAUAUUUUCCAUGAGUUUGUCUGCACAAAAAUGUGUGGUGUUUUCACAUUCCAACAUAUAACCUAAGGACGUCAGCAGCACCAGUUACUAUUUGCAUCUGCUUUCCAUUCCAAAACAUUGACACUAGGACCCGACCUGUGCUUUCUGAUGGUGAUAGGAAAAUCUCACCCCUUAUAAUAAGAUAUUAUCACCACAUUAAAGAUAAGAACUUUGCUCACCUCUAACACAAAACAAAAACAUGACUACUACAAUACAUGUAGUAACUAUAUCUACGCUGAGUGUUCAAAACAUGAAGGACACCUGCUCUUUCCAUGA